AUGUCGUCUAAUAACGUUUCUAAUUCGACGUCUUCUGUCGAUGUCGAGAGGAUUGGAAAGACGGUUGGAUUGAUCGUCAUCGUUUUGCUCUCCAUUGUCGGACAUAUCAUCUACGUGGUAACAUUAUCUCGAACCCCACGAAUCCGUGUUCGAAUCGGACCUUGGUAUUUCUUCACCAAUAUUGCCGGAUCUAAUGUCGUCGCUGUCAUCUUCUCACUCAUUCCCAACAUCAUCGCUACUUGGUCAGGGUCGUGGACGUUGAGUACUGAGUUCUGUAUUGCUUCAGCUUUUAUCACGCAAUUUACUUUCUAUCAAAUAUGGCAUACGGUUGGAAUAAUCUUUGUGGAAAGAUAUGUGAGGAUCAUGAUGCCGCUCAAGCACAAGGAAAUAUUUAGGGUGAUUCCGACGUUGAUUCUUCUAAGUGCACUAUGGUUUUUCGACGCCAUUCUGUCCAUGUUACCGCUGAUCAACUGGGGAGAGUAUGGCUAUCUCACCACAGAAGGACAAUGCGCACACUCUGUCGACGGCUACCAGAAGAAUGUUUCCCAUCUUUACUUCACCUUUGUAUUGGGAAUCAUCCUUCCGUUGGCCCUGUCGAUUCCCUUGUUUGCAAGGACAGUGAAAGGAGCACUGAAGAGCUUGAAAGACGACGAGGAUAUCUUCAAGGAGGAAGUAGCAGUUCCAGUGUCGUAUGGAUACCAACUGAAACGCCGUGAAAAGACACUAGCAAGAACGAUCAAGAACCCGACCUUGACCGAGGAGAGGGAUGCCAAACGGAAGAAACGAGCGUAUCGAUAUCGACCGAACGAGAUGGCGUUGGUCAAGACAGCAGCUCUUAUACUCCUGGCCUUCAGCAUCUGCUGGAUUCCUUAUCUCGUCGUCAAAUUUUUCGAGACAUACAACAUCGCGAUCCCAUCAAUCGUCGUAGUCGUUGUCGCUUUCUUGUCCUACUGUAGCCAUGCGGUCUGUCCUUACAUCUACAUCAUCAGCAGCAGAAGCUUCAGACGAUAUAUCCACAAGGCAUUUUGCAGUGUUUAUCUCGCUGCUAGUAAGAAAAAGAAAAAGUCAAGAGAAAGGACACAAAAUGAUCUUCAAGAGAGUGACAAUAUCCAUGAUAAUGAAGCUUAUCUUGGUGAUGAGGAUUCUGGUGUUGAAGCUGUUUCAGAAACUAUGUAUUAA